CAUUCCAUUCCACCACCUGCUUUCACAAUUUCACACCUUCGCCCUCGUCUCGUUCUUCUCCGCCGAGCUCUCUCCCCUUCUUCGAUCAUGACGCGGCCCCGGCCUCCCAAACGAACCCUAGAUUCUUAUACCAUCAAGGGCAUCUCCAAAACUAUCAAGCCUGGUGAUUGCGUGCUGAUGCGGGCGCCGGACGCGCGGAGGCAGCCGUACGUCGCCAAAGUGGAGGGCAUCGAGGAGGCCGGGCGUCGGCGGGUGCGUGUUCGUGUCCGGUGGUACUACCGCCCGGAGGAGUCAAUUGGAGGGCGUCGCCGGUUCCAUGGGGCCAAGGAGGUCUUCUUGUCGGAUCACUAUGAUGUGCAAAGCGCUGAUACUAUUGAGGGUAAGUGUGUUGUUCACUCCUUCAAAGACUACACCAAGCUUGAUGCUGUCGGCUCGGAGGACUUCUUCUGCCGCUUUGAGUACCUUUCCAAGACUGGAACCUUCAUUCCUGACCGAAUUGCAGUGUUUUGCAAGUGUGAGAUGCCUUACAACCCUGAUGACCUUAUGAUCCAGUGUGAGAGCUGCUCUGACUGGUACCAUCCUACAUGUAUUAAUAUGACUGUUGAGGAAGCCAAGAAACUUGAACACUUCUUUUGUCAAAGUUGUGGUCCUGAGAAUGGAAAGAACACUCAAAAUACUCAAAAUGGUUCUGGCCAAUCGGAGCAUAAGGGGGCUUCGAAGAGGCGCAGAAGAUAAUUCAACAGAUGACAUACUUGAACUUGUGGGAUGUAACUAGACUAUGAAUACCGGUUUGAUGUCAAUAUUAUUAAAAACUUAGGGUUACAUAACCAAAGGGAAAACCCUUUGUGCAUCUGUAUAUAUUGUGAUAUUUGGUAUUGUACCCAAUACCAAAGGAGAUGCAAGCCUUAUGAACCAUAUAACCAUGAGUUGUUUGUGCAGGUGUGGAUUGAAGCAGUUGUAGAAGAUGUGACAAAGGAUAGUGCUUAAACAUGGGAAUGUACAGACUUAGAUGCUGACUUUGUUGUAAUAUAUCUAUAUAUAUAUAUCUAAAUCUAUAUAUCUAUAUCUAUAUUCUUUUCUUGUGAGGCUUGGUGUCAUAUGUAAUUAUAAAAUAUAUUGGUAGUCAUGAGUCUUGUGAAGGCUUUAGUUGGCCAAUGUAAUUAUCAAAUGGGGGGAUAUAUAUUGGAGAAGAUAAAGAACUGUUUAUACAUGCUAUAAUACAAGCGGCCGUGCCA